AUGAGCGCCAAUGUGGGAAAAGACCGUUCGUCCUCGGACGCUGACGUCCCAUCGGACCAGAAGGUCGCCGCCUCUUCUGUGGUGUCGACCGAUGGCAUACCUUCUCCGACGGAUACUGGAGAUUCAUCCAUCAUCCAGCAGAAGCCUAAGAAAACAUGGAAGUCCUAUGUCUGGGACACGCUCGACAAAUCGCCCGAAGAGCGCAAGUUCCUCUUCAAACUCGAUGCUGUGUUGCUUACCAUGGCCUCACUCGGAUAUUUCAUCAAGUACCUUGAUCAAAUCAAUAUCAACAACGCCUUCGUCUCUGGCAUGCGGGAAGACUUGGGCCUUUAUGGAAACGAGCUCAACUACAUGCAAACCUUUUGGACCGUGGGAUACGUCAUUGGCGAGAUUCCAAGCAACCUGCUCCUCACCAAGGUCCGCCCUUCCCUGUGGAUCCCCGCCUGCGAAGUGACCUGGUCUGUCUUGACUAUCCUUCUGGCCAAGUGCACAAACGCAAAGCAAAUCUACGCCCUCCGCUUCUUCAUCGGCCUGGCCGAGUCCACGUUCUACCCGGGUAUGCAGUACAUUAUCGGCAGCUGGUACCGCUCCGACGAGCUCGCCAAGCGCAGCUGCAUCUUCCACGUCAGCGGCGCCAUCGGUACCAUGUUCUCCGGCUACCUCAUGGCAGCGGUCUACCACUUGGACGGCGUGCACGGCUAUCACGGGUGGCAGUGGCUCUUCAUCAUCAACACGGUCAUCUCCCUGCCGAUCGCCAUGGCCGGUUUCUUCCUGUUCCCCGACCUGCCCGAGAUCACGCGCGCGUGGUAUUUCACCAAGGACGAUAUCGCCAUGGCCCAGAAGCGCAUGCAGCUCGAGGGCCGCGCCAACAGGGCCCCCUUCACCAAGAAGAAGGUCAAGAAGAUCUUCACGAGCUGGCACAUCUACUGGCUCACCGCCCUGUACAUCUUCUUCAACAACGGCUGCGGGACCGGGGCGCAGCCCGCCUUUCAGCUGUGGCUCAAGGAGGAAGGGUACAGCGUCGCGCAGAUCAAUACGUUCCCGACCAUCACGGCGGCCAUCACCGUCGUCACAACCCUGAUCUACGCGUGGACGAGCGACAGCGUCUUCAAGGGGGCCAGGUGGCCUGCGAUUGUCUUCUCGGGUGUCGUCAACAUUUUCGCCAACGUCAGUCUGACCGUCUGGAGCAUCCCCGUCGGCCUAAAGUGGGCGAGUUUCUUCCUAGUGGGCUUUGCGGGCGGCAUCAGUGGCCUGACCUUUGCCUGGGCGCACGAGAUUUGCAAGGACGACAACGAGGAACGCGCCCUGGUGACGGCGACCAUGAAUGAGAUGGCCUAUGUCGUGCAGGCUUGGCUUCCUCUGCUCAUCUGGCAGCAGGUAGAGGCGCCGAGGUACCCCAAAGGUUAUUCGACCAUGGUCGGGAUUUCUGUCUGUCUCAUUGGGACGGCGUUUAUUAUCCGGUUCCUCCACAAGAGGGAACUCAGGGGUAAGAACAUCAAUGUCGCUUGA